CGUGUACGAAAACCACACGCCAUUCCAGGUGCGCGUCGGGCUGGCUCACCGUCCGAGACAUCGUAAUCCCUCAAAAGUCGCCGAUCUCGCAAAGGUCGCGGCCGGCCGUAUCUAGCCCCAAUGGCGCCCAUUCCGUCGCAGCCCCUCCCGCGGGUUAUCACCUACUAUCAGACACAUCACACCCCCGACGGCAAGCCCAUAUCGAUCCUCCCGCUCCUCACCCAGCCCGGCAUCAGCGUCACACACGUCAUCCUCGCGGCGAUACACAUUAACGAUGAUUGCGACGACCUCACGUUGAACGACCACGCCCCCGACGACCCGCGGUUCCUUACGCUAUGGGCCGAGCUGCGCGUGUUGCAGGCCAGCGGCAUUAAGGUGCUGGGUAUGCUCGGCGGCGCUGCCCAGGGGUCAUACGAGAGGCUCGACGGCGAUGAGGCCAGGUUCGAGGAAUACUACGUGCCGCUGCGCGACAUGCUCCGCACGCACGGCCUGGACGGUAUCGAUCUGGACGUCGAGGAGGCCAUGAGCUUGGGCGGGGUCAUCCGCCUGAUCGACCGCAUACGGCAGGACUUUGGCAAGGACUUCAUCAUCACCCUGGCGCCCGUCGCCGCGGCGCUGCUGAACCCGGACAGCAACCUGAGCGGCUUCGAUUACGAGGCGCUUGAGGUGAUGCGCGGGAGGGAGAUUGCCUGGUACAACGCCCAGUUUUACUGCGGCUGGGGCGACUGCAGCAGCCCGGUCAUGUACGAGAUGAUACUGGCAAAGGGCUGGUCGCCCGAGAAGGUCGUCAUGGGGUUGGUGACGAAUCCCGAGAACGGCGGCGGUUGGGUCCCGUGGGAGAUGCUCGGUGCUGUGCUCCUCACGCUCCGAGGCCGCUAUGCGCGGUUCGGAGGGGUUAUGGGCUGGGAGUACUUCAACAGCUUGCCCUCUGGACGAGAGAAGCCCUGGGAAUGGGCCAAGUGGAUGACCAAGAUGCUGCGCGCAGACCACACGCAUCACUCGCCAGGGCCAGUGCAGGGGACGGCGCCCGUGGAUACCUGUAAUCCUGUCGCGAAGGAAGUCAAGAAGCAUCUGGUCGACGAGGUCGAUCCGGAUGGUCCGAACAGCAAAGACGCACCGCUUCCAGCGUCUUUUGACUACUACUCCGAUACCAACUGGGACGACGAUGAUUGAAGCGCAUAAGCUUACCGUCUCUGUGCAUAGUGUUCAAAAGUUCGGAAUCCCGCGUGGCAGAGGGGAUGGGAACAACCGCAGGCCUCAGCCAUAGACGGCCCGAGAGCGACGACCUUACACAUUAGACCUAAACGACGACACGAAUGGACUUAGAAGGCGUUCGGCAGAUAUCCACAAGACUGCUGCACGUGUCCUAAUUGAGGUGAUUGUUGAUGACAGACGCGGCUCGUGAGCUCCUCGGGCUUCGGCGCAGUGUUUUGGGUGAGCCGGAUGUCAGCGAGUUCUUCCGGUUGAAUGCAAGUCGGCUCUCGCUUGGCAAACUGCAACCUUCUCACUCCAAGCGACAGCUGAUUCGCUUGCGUGCUCGACUCAAGAAGAUGAGCUCUGCAACUGUUCGACCAUGACAAUGUGGUUCCUCUCCUUUUUCAACCCUGCAACCCCGCGCCAAGGCAUUAGUUCUCUGCUGGAAGUGAUGAAAGUCACAUCACUCUCCCCGCGG